CGCCCUUUCCCCCCUCCCCCAGCCCUCGGGAGUGCCCUGGGAGCUGUGACGUCACACCACGGUACCAUUCGCACUUACGACGUCAUCACCGCGAUGACGUCAUCGCGAAUCAGGGGGCGGGACGUUCGCUGAGGCCCCGCCCCUUUUCCCGCCUUUGCGCCCGGUUCCGCCACGCUCAAGAUGGCGCCGUUGCCGCGGUAACCGCGGGGGGGCGGAGCUUCUGCCACACAAAACAUGGCGGCGGCGCCGGGGGCGGGGCUUGGGCGGGGCCUCCCUGAGGGAGGAGGCGGGGCUGGGACGGACUGGGAUGAACUGGGAGGGACUGGGGUAAACUGGGAGGGACUGGAACCUCCAACAUUCCCCCCAAAAAAGGCUCUGAGCCGCCCCGAGGUGGCCGGGGGCAUCCCCAGACUCAUUUCUGGCUCGGGGGGCUCAACAAAAGCGCUCCCAAAGGACUCCAAAAAUGCCGGAUCGUGUCCCCGGGCCCUCAGGGGGGAUCCGUGUCACACCUGAGGGGGCAUUGUCACACCUGGAGGUUUAUUGUCACACCUGAGGGGGCACUGUCACACCUGGAGGUUUAUUGUCACACCUGAGGGUGCAUUGUCACACCUGAGGGAUUAUUGUCACACCUGGAGCUGUUUCACACCUGAGCCUGAGGGGGACACCCCAAAACUCCCUAAAUCUUCCCUAAAACCUCUCCAAAUCCUGGGACCUUCACCCCGAGCCCCUUGCUGAAGAACCCUCACCCUGCUCCUCUCCUCUCCCCACCCCCCGACGGAGCAUUUUGGGGUCCCGGAAGGGCAAAACUGGGGCGAAAAGCGCCAAAUUCGGGUGUUUGAACAAAAAUCCGUUACGGAAAAGGCGGGAAAAGCGCCUGCGCAGGAACGAGGUGGAGCCGAGCAUGCGCCAUUACCACCGGCGCGGUCACGCACGCGCAGUGAGCGCUGCAGCCGUUAAGCGCCACCAUCCGGGGCCUGGCGGGCGCCAUCUUUGUGGCGGGUGGAGGAGACGCGUCCAAAAUGGCGGCUCCCAAGCGCCAGUAGCCGGCGCGGCGGGCGGGCCUUUCUCGGCUUUCAGCGCGGCGGCGGCGGCCCGGAGCGAGCGGCGGCGGCGGCGGAAAGCGGCGCCCGGGGUCGGCGGGCGGAGGGUGGCUGCAGGUGCGGAGCGGCGGCGGAGCGGCGCGGAGAGCGGCGCAUCCGGGUCCCGCGGCCGCCGCCAUCUUGGGCCGCCGCGGAGCUGCGAGCUCCCACCUGCGCCAUCUUGGGGCGCCGCAUCGGGGCUGUCCCGGAGGGGGGACGAGAGGAAGGGGCGGCGGGGCCUGAGCGAAGAGCGCGGGGAGCGCUCAAAGCUCCGCUCCCGUCCCGGGCAGGCGCCGCCAUCUUGCGCGCGCGGCGAGGAGGAGGAAGAGGAGGAGGACGAGGAGGAAGAUCCGGGCACCGGGCGGCGCCAUCUUGGACCCCCCCCUUCCCACAGCAGCGCGCCGCCAUCUUGUGACCCCUCCCCCGCGCACCCGGGCACCGGCCGCUCCGCCGCCUUGGAGCCGCUGCGGUAGCGGAGCCGCACCCGAUGGCGCCGCCCGGGUCCGGAGGGGGCGUGUCCGCGUUGUCCCCGCCCCCUCCCGUCGCUUCCCGCCCACCCUCGGCGGCCGCCGGACACAGGCGCAAGAUGGCGGCUCCCAGGGCGGCGUGAGGGGCCGCCGCCGCCGCGCUCCGC